AUGAAAUGGGUCGUCGAAUCAUCUCCGGCGGCUGUCACCCAGCGGAGCGAAAAAACGACGACUUUGCGACUCUCCGGCGGCUGUCACUCGACGGAGAGGAGCUGGAUGGAGGUGGGGCGCAUGUCAAGAAGCUUCAUCCUCAGGUCCGCACAACAAGAGGAGGCUCUUCAUCGCAUCUGGUACGCUCUCAGGAGGUGGCGACUCGUCUCUCGGCAGAUCGUCCUCUUCCCAACGACGGCUUGUUCAUCGAUCAAUCGGAGAUGAUUUACUCGAUGGAUUCGCGAUCCUCUUAUCGCGAAUCGUUCAACAAUUUUAGUAGCAAUACUCCGCGAAUCGCGUUGACGAGAUUUUCGCCGAUGAUCUAGUGAUUCUCGUUGCUUAAUCUUUCACCGACGAUCUGUAGGAAAGUUGCGAUAAUCAGAUAAAAAUAUAUGAAUUUUGACUCUAGGAGGAUUCGAACCCGCGCCGGUUGUCUGCCCCUUCUGAGGAAGGUGUGACGCGGGUUUAGUCCCACAUCGGUUGUGCGCCGAUUUUUCGGGUGAAUAUAUAGUAAUGUUAGCUUUCUGAGCAAAGUUCCUUCUCUCGCGUGUACGACCACUCCUUGCCCCAUAGCCGGCUGGCCAUCGGUGACGUGGAAGGGGAGUGGCGCACAUGUGCCCCUAUCAGUCCAAGCCGCUCGAGCCCCUGCUCGCGGCUACUCCCAGACUGAGCUUCCGACCCACUUGCGGGCCCGGCUGGCCGGCGGAUCCCCCCAUUUUGCAAUAUUUUUAUUUCUAUUUCUUGUUCUUCAUUUAUCUCAAAAGUAAGACUGUAAAAAUAGUAUAAAAUCACAUAAGUACCUAAAAAUUCACAUUAAUCAACUGAAAAUCACUUUUCACAUUUUAACACAAAUAUAAGUCUAUUUAUCAUGAGUUAAGGCUAAAACUAUAUUAUUUACUAAUUAUUAACUCAUGAUAAUGAAGACUUAUCACUUGCCAAUCGCACCAUUCCUCUAAACUUCAUUCUCAUCUAUUUUUGAUUUUGAUAAUACUACACUUAAUGAUUCACCAUCUCCACUGAUCUUGUUAUACACCGAUCCUCUUAAUAUUAUGACUCUCGCUUCUAUUCAACCUGAUUCAUUCUCUCCACCAAUUCGUACAAGAUCACUCCUAAAUCUCUAUAAACACACAUGACCUCUGUUGUUCACUACCCAACUAUCUACAUGAUAUUUACUUCCCUUAUAUCUUAUUAUGAUUGUUUCAUCUCCUAAGCCGACGUAUGUCACAAAGUCUUUAAACUCAAACACAAAUCAAAUGACACCAUUGACUACCACAAAACUUAUCUUGUGGUCAAAAGUUUUAAACAACAAAAUGACAUUGAGUAUCAUGAAACUUUUAGUUUAGUAGUAAAGAUAACUAUCAUUUAACUUCUACUAGUUAUCUUCAUAAGUAAAAGAUUGUUCAUUUGACAUCUUGAUAUCUCUAAUAUAUUUUUACGUGUUAAGUUUGAAGAUGUUAUUUACGAACAACCUUUUGGAUUUAGUCAUCCAUCUUUUUCACAUCAUGUAUAUCAUCUUCAAAAAUCAUUAUACAAUCUCUGUCAAUCUCCUAGUGCUUGAUUAACUCAUCUAAUGACUUGGCUUUCAAAUCUUAGUUUUUUUUGUUCUAAGAUUGACACUUCCUUAUAUUGUAAAUUAUAUUCUCAAUUUACUUUUUUUGGUUUGAUUUAUGUGGAUGAUAUUUUAAUAGUUGGCUCCAAUCAAAGGGGUGUUGAUGAUCUAAUUCGCCUCAUGAACAUUGAGUUUGUUAUUAAAAACUUAGGUUAUGCUCACAGUUUUUUAGGCAUUGAAUUUCUUCAACAUCCACAUGGCUCUCUUUUGUCACGAUCUAAGUACAUUAUAACUCUACUUCAUAAAGCUAAUAUAGAAGGUUGUAAGUUUAUUUCUAUGUCAUGGCUAAUCUCUCAUGCAUUUAAUUCUGCUAUAGUUAAAUUUUAUGAUCCAUCUAUGCAUUAUAGUGUUGUAAGUGCCCUCUAAUAUAUCACAAUCAUAUGUCUUGAUAUUAUCUAUGUAGUAAAUUGUGCAUGUCAAUAUAUACAUGAAUCCACUAUUGACUAUUGAAACUUUGUCAAACAUCUUCUAUAAUAUCUGAAAGUCACCAUCACCCAUGGUCUACUAUUACAAAGACAUUAUAACUUGUAACUUAGAGUUUUUAGUGAUGCAGAUUUGGCUAACUUUGUCAAUGAUCGACACUCAAAUAAUGGCUAUCUCAUUAUUACCGGUAACAAUCUAAUCUUCUUGAACUCUAAGAAAUAGCCCACAAUUUCUAGAUCCAUCACUGAGGUUGAGUACAAGACAAAUUUUAAUGCUACCACUUAAUUAAUUUGGAUAUGUUCUCUUUUGCAUGAACUUGACUUACAUACAAAUCUACUCUAAUUCUUUGAUGUGAUAAUAUUAGUGUCACCUACCUUGUAAUUAACCUUAUAUUCUAUGCUCACACUAAACACAUUGAAAUUUACUAUCAUUUUAUUCGAGAAUAAAUUGCAGUCAAGCAUCUUCAAGUUUUUUUAAUCUCUAGUGGAGAUUAAUUAGCCAAUAUUCUUACGAAGAGUCUUCUUAAAAGUUGCUUCACUUGGUUACAUGACAAACAUCAUGUUAUUCCUAACAUGAGCUUGAAGGGGUGUAAAGAUAUCCGCUCAAUGGGCUAUCAAGAAAAUCGUUAAACAUAUAAUUGUUGCCGCUCCUCAACAAACUUUCUAUUAACAUAUGAGUUACAACACUUUUCAUAACAAUAAUAACCCUUAUAAAUAGAUCCUCAUUCAUCCUUGUAAAGGGUCAAAUUAUAUUUUUUUAAUACAUUCUUAUUUUUCUUCAUCUCUCUUUUCCUCUCUAUUCUCUCAUACUAUCUACAUCCCUCAACUCCAGCUUACCUCCCUUCCCUAGGUGUAUAGUUGAGAGCCUCCCAUUCACCAGGCUAUCUCUAUUGGUAUAUAGGUGAUGGUUUUGAAAUUGAGUUAAGGAUUAACCUAAGAAGAGAAAAUAGAAUUUUAAUAAUUUUUAAAUAAUAAGAAUUAACUCAAGAAGAGAAAAUAGAAUUUUAAUAAUUUUUAGAUAAUAAGGUGAUUAUCUUGAAAUUGAUCAUAUUUGAUGUGAAUUGAAUUAAGAUUGAUGUGAUAAAUAUAUUGAUGUUUAAAAUUUUUAGAUGAUAAUAAAAGGUCUAAUAUUAUACUGAUAAAAUUAUAUUAUAUUUCAACCUUUGUCAUGUAUAUGGCUGUUAGAUGAUUAAGAUAUAAAAACAAUUAAAUAUCUUUACAUAGUAAAUAUGUUAUGUUAUUAUGAGGAGAUUGUACGUUUGCAUUUUUUCUAUAUCAAAGGGAUUAACUAAUAUAUACAUAUGUGUAAGUAAUAUAACAAUAUUUGAACAAGAAUUCAAGUAAAAUAAAUUUUAGAGACAAUUACCAAGGCAUUGAUUUGAUAUUUAUUUUACAAGAUUAUUGGUUUUAUAUAUUAAUAUAAGGGUAGAAUGAUCUAGAAGCAUGACCUUUCAUACUAAAGUAAUUUUUAUCUCAAAUAAGACGCAACAUAUAUAAAAGUGGAGUCACUCAAUAGAAAAUUGAUUCAAAGAUGAAUUCAAUUAUGAAAAUCAUUCUUAAAUACUCAAACUAUCAAGAGAGUUGUGAAUUUUUUACUAUUUAUAGUUAUCUUUUUCUCCAUUUUUCGGGACCCCACUCAGUUUGUUAAGGCUUGUUUUAGCUCAAUUGUUUAGACCCAAUAAGGGCCAAAAGAGGGCAGUUCUUCCAAAACUUAAGAAAAGAGAAUACAAUUUUUAGUUGACUUCUUGUUACAUCAUAAACAUAUUUUUUCUCUCUAUCAACUCAUUUCAAGUUUCCAAGAAUAAAGGGCAAAAUUGAUUGCUUCAAGGGAGUCGUGGACAUCUCUUCAACCCUCAAAAGCUUCCUCCUUUAGCCCAACAUUGGUAAACACCUUCAACAACUCUUGGUGAAUAGAAAAUAAUAUUUGAAUACUACAAUAAAGUCAUUUUAUAUUAUUUACUAUUUCUACCUUAGUUUGUGAUGUGUGGAGUGGUUGAGACACAUGUGGUGUGCCGUCAACAUAGCCAUAUUAAUUGUUGUAUGUGAACUAGUGAGACACUUUUGAUGUGUUGUCAAUGUAAUCACAUAAUCCGUUGAGGCACAUGUGAUAUGCUUGCAACGAAGAGACAUGAGGACCUAAGAACUAUUGGGAUUGCAAGCUUGUGGAGCUUGAAAAUGUAAAGGGUUCUUGAUUUCAUUAAAAUCAAGGGUGUAUUAUAAGGGUUGAACAAUGGAAUCAAAGUGGAGUCAUCGAAAGUGGAUGUAGGUUAAAGAAAUUGACCGAAUUACUCUAAAUCUAGAGUGAACUAUCAUUUGUUGGUUUAUUUUAUAUUUAUAUGUCAAUAUAGAGAUAUAAAUAAAAUAAAAUAGAAAUAAAUAAAUAAAUAUACUUAAUAAGAAAAAAAAGAAAAUUAAAUUCACCCCCUGGUAAAUUAAAAGAAAAAUUAAGAAGCAUAGGCUUUGGUGCCCACCUAGUAGAAACCAUUGGAGGAGGUUUUCAUGGGGAUACUAGUACGUCGUCCACCUUCCCCCCGUGGAAAAGAUAGUCUCAGGACCCCAAACUCAAGAAUUCUUAACCCCCAGCGGGCGCCGACAGGCAAAGAAUGAGAAGUGGGAGAGCUGCAUGAAGAAGAAGAAGUAGACGGGUUUCCAUUGUUGAAGGGAUCACGUUGCGGAGGUCCUCAGAUCCUCCUCGAUUUAUCUCGACCAUUCAGCGAGUGAUCUUUGCAUGGUAGGGUCUCCUUCCUCCCUCCGUCGACAUUUCUCUCAAGUGGGGUGGACGCGUUGUUGCUCUCAUCAGAGUGGACCUUCGAGGUCCUGGUCUCGCUAGAGAAGACCUUCGUCGACGGAUUCCACAGCGUGCCGGCCGGUCAACAGCUAGUAAGAAGAAAAAUGCGGGCGUCUUCUUGAGGUUGCUGGGUCUGUUGAGGCCACGAAGGAAUGAAGAAGGAGAGGAUGGGGAGUGGUCUACUGUUCACUUUUCAAAUAGAUUGGGGGUGAAGCCACAGAGACAAUUUAUUAUCAUUUGACUCCCUCCAAGUUGGGUUAUUUUCCAACACCAUAUUUUAAGAGAAAAUGAUAAGAAAUUCAUUUUUCUUGUACCUCACUCAGCAAUUUUGAAUCGGGAGAGUGACCUACAAAGUCUGCUGGGCGUCGAUCCAGAGGAGGAAGAAGAAGAAAAAGAAGAAGAAAACAUACAUCAGCUGAUUUAACGGAGAGUGUUGGCGGCGUCAGCCCAUCACGGCUGACUUGUUCAGGAGACAUGCGAGAAGCCUCCUCUCAUCUAACCCAUUCAAGAGACGUGCGAGAAGGGGCAGUGACACGGUUGUCAGCUCAUCUCUUUUGACCCGUUUGGGGGUCAUGGAAGGAGAGAGAGCGGGAAACGAGUGUGGUUGAAAUCAUCAACUCCGAAAUGUGCGGGCUUACUCACACGUAGAUUGAGAUACCUCCUUUUAGGGGGGUGGUUACCUUUUUCAUUUUUCUAUAAAUAGGAUAUAUAUUUUCUAUUUUUGAGUACAAUGUACGAUGAGAUUUAUCUCUCUUUUUUGAUUUUACUGUCUUUUUUCAUCGACUUUAUUUAUCUAUCUUGAUCUAUCUUCUUUCUUUUAUUGUAUGUGAAGUCUUUAUAGAAGUAGAUAAGAGUACAUUGUUGAUUCUCUGGAUCGUGUAGAAGGCAUUGAGACGUAAAUUCAUGUUUGAUAGAAGUAUUGUUCUCAUCGAAAUUCUUAAUAACUUAAUGAUAUCUCUUUUAUUUCACUAAUAUCAAGAAAAUGAGUUUUCGUUGUUAUUGUAAUCAUGUGUUACAUAUUUAUUUAUACAUAAAAAGAAAAGUUAAAUGACUCACCAUGAUAACAUUAUUCAUGUUGUUGUCUUUCAUGUCGAUUCCCUGUCUUGUUGUUGUCACAAGACAGUAAAGUUUCGGCCACGGAAUCCAUGGACGGCCUCUUGGUCCUAUCGGCCUCCAUGGAGGACGCCGCAAUCUCCAGCAUCACCGCCGCCUGCUUCCUGUUGUAAUUCCCUCCCAACCUCGGGUCGACGUAGUCGUCGACCCACUGGCCGUCGCCGCCACCGUCCAUCGCUCUCUUUAUUCCGCCGAGUAGCCGACUCACCCCCGUCACGUCUUCUUCCUCCCCAGCCGGUACGUCGGAGACCCUCCUCCCCAUGACGAUCUCCAGCAACACCACGCCGUAGCUGUAGACGUCGACUUUGGAGGUGACGGGGAGGUUCAGGACCCAUUCCGGCGCCAUGUAACCCUUGGUCCCCCUGAUUCGCGUGAUAUGGCCGUCAGAGGUGCCCCUCUGCAGAAGCUUGGCCAGCCCGAAGUCGGCGAUCUUUGGCCCGAAGUCCUCGUCCAGGAGGAUGUUCUCCGGCUUGACGUCACAGUGGACGAUCCACUCAAGGCACUCGUGGUGGAGGUAGGCCAGCCCUCUGGCCGUCCCCAACGCGAUUUUGAACCUCUUCUCCCACUCCAGCGGCGCCGCCGCCACGGCGGCGGCGGAGGCUCCGCCUUUUCUGGGGAAGAGGACCUGGUCCAGCGAGCCCCUCUCCUGGAGCUCGGAGACCAGGAGACGGUGGGAGCUCUCCGCGCAGAAGCCCCAGACCGUCACCAGGUUCAUGUGGUAGAUCCUCCCCAUGAGGCUCAUCUCUGCCUGGAACUCCUCCGCCCCCUGCGUCACGUUGUCCAGCUUCUUCACCGCCGCCACCCGCUUGUCGUCGAGGACACCUCUGUAGACCGCGCCGGCGCCGCCCCGGCCUAGCUCGUGCUUGAAGUUGUCGGUUGCCUUCUUCAGCUCCCGAUACGUGAACUUCCUGAACUGGCUGGUCAUCAGGCGGUAGCCCUCCUCCGUGGACCUCCGCGAGGCCUGGUGCCCGAAGACGAACCACCAGCCCGUCGCCAUGAACAAGAGCUCUAUCAGUCCCAGCGCCGCCACAAACGCAUAGACGUAGGCCCAUCUGAGGCCUCCCUUCCUCGCGUACAGGUCCACCGGAGGCAGCGGAGCCCGAGCGUCGUCCCUGGUGGAGUUGCAGGCGGUGCCCGCCUCGUCGGAGACGAGGGUCUGCGCGACGUCCAGGCCCAGCGGAAGCUUCAGGAAGAUGCUGCCCGGGAAGUUCGGAGAGGUGUACCCGUUGAAGAGGAUGCCCUUCGGAUAGCACCUGCCCUCUCCGGUCAACCUAUAGCCGAAGCCAUUGCAGUUACAGUCCUCCUCGCACCUUUUCUUGCAGGUCUCGAAGGACACUUUGUUGGCGAAGCCGGAGAGGUCGAAGCCGUAGAAGUCCGUGUUGGGGAUCUCUACGAACUUCACGCCCCCAGGUUUGCCGCAGGGGACCUCCACCGUGCGCCGGCAUCCCUUCUUCCAAUCUCCGGGAAGCUUCAUCUCGUGCCCCGGCGGGCAGAAGCACCGGGCCUCCGGCGUGUUGACGCAGAUGCCGUUGCGGCCGCAUUGCCCGUGCACGUUGCAGAGCUGUGGCAUGGCCUCCCAGGUGACCUGCCACCAGCCCCCGGCCUCGCUCAGGCUGUACAACCUGAGAUUGCCGUCAUGGCCGAGGGUCAGCCUCCUGCUCCUCCGACCGCCGGCGUCGGAGGCGUUGAAGGAGUAGAGAUCGCUCGAGGUGAACCUUCCGGUCUCAUCGAGCACCGCCCGGCGGCUGCUGUUGUACGGGGUCCUCCCGUUCUCGAACACACUGCGGUCGGGGCUCGGCCAGUAGAUGCUUGAGACCUCGGAGCCGUCGUACAUGAGCUUGAGGACGUUGUCGUUGUCGAAGAAGAAGUAGUAGCCGGGGUUGGGAGACCCACCGGAGAGGGAGGCCACCAGCUUCGUCGUCUUGGUGAGAGCCUGCCUGGGCAGCAGGGUGUGCGUGGGGAAGUCGAAGCUCUGCCACAGUACGCUGCCGCUGCCGGCCCUCACGACGAGGUUCCCCUCCUCCAGGAGCUCCACCCUCUUGCCGUCAGCCGCGGUGGCGCCGGCUUGCCACACCACCUCCUUGCCGGCGUCGGUCAGCUCCAGCACGCCAUCGCUGCGGAGGGACAGCCUCGAGCCCCGGCCGUUGACCGGCCGUUCGCGGUUGGCAGACCAGACCUCCGUCUUGUUCGGGUCCGCUGUGAACCAGAUGCCGAGAAUGAAGGCGUUGAUUCCAACGUUCAGGAAUCCGCAGGAGAAGGUCCUCCCCGGCGAGACCAGAGUGUCGGAGGCCCGCUCCACCGAGAGCGAUGACCCCCGCGACAGCGAGCUCUGCGCGCGGCAGAACGCUGGUGGCGCGACGAGCACCACCAGCAACCACGCGAGGGGGAUCACGCGAGAGUUUCGUCUUCCCAUCUCCAACCUUUGGAUCAGUUCAGGAGGAGAGCCUCUCUCUUCCACUCACAGGUCCAAUCAAUUAUUCUUAAAUCCAAGCACCCGCCCACAGAAAAGAAUACGUCAGCUGGUAUAACUAAAGUUCCAUAUAGCUUCCCGAGAAGGUCCAACCAGCUGGUCUUGACUGAGAAGGACGGUCCUCCGCCACAUAUUAAAUGACGAGCAGUACGCUAAAAGAAAUCGCCGGCUCGAGAGGGGUGCCUUUCGACAAUUUUCGUCCGAGUCCACGCACGCGGGAGAAUUCUCGACCGGUGGAGAUGCCAACACUCUAGUGCGUUGGUGACACAGAGAGAGAUAUAUAUAUAUAUAUUCUUUUUGGUAUACACGUCUCAUCCUUGCAAUCAAUCAAACCAAUUCCUGUUGGCCCACCAAAUAUUAUAAAUUUAAGAUCCUACCCACAUACUCGAAACACCGCACCAAGAAUUCUCCAGGCCGAAUCGGACGAUUCUAGGGUUCUUGACAGGCGGCCAGAGUUGACCAGUUGGCCCCUCUCUGGUCACUGGGAAGAGACAAAACUCUCAUGCUUCAUCCUCAUGAGUCCGUCCUCAAUAUUCCGAAGAAUGGGCCUGUAGCUGCAAAACCCAAGGGGUGGAAAAGUUAAAAAGACGGGAAUCUCUGGGCGUUGACGGAUGUGACCCAGAGGGGGCAGUAAACUGUGCGAGGGGGGAACCUACAGCCAGGUGAGGUUGUUAUAUAAUUGGAUGGCGCGUCUCAGUUCUGCAGAGAGCCGUAGAACUUCAGCCGACAGGGCCUCCGAUCUGCUCUGUUCUUCGGCAAGCUGCCCCUACAACCCGGAAAUCACAAGCAAGAUGAGUUACGGCAGAUGGUACUACUGAAAUAACGAAAGCUAUUGUCAACUGUUUUCCUGGGCAAAGGGUCAAUGAUGCAGAAACUAAGGAGGUACUUCUAGAACUUUCAGAAAUCCUACUUCAUGGUCAACGAUGAUUUUAGUCAAACCCCAGCGCACUAGUGAAAAGUAGGGCCUAACCUUGAGCUGCAGCGCAUAAACUCCUUGAGAAUCCAAACUAUUUCUGCUAUCUUCCUUCGGCUCCAAGCCCGUCUGGAUAGCCAUGACGUUGACGGCAUUCAGCUGCUCUGACCUCACCUUGUGCAGCAUUUCCCGUAGUUCAUUGUUCUGCUCCAAACAGCUUUUCACCUACAAUUUGAAUCAGUAA